CAGAAAUAGCUCCAAAAGUCUAUACGUGUGCUUGAAGGUCUAAACUACAUUACCCAAGAUUCCCUACUGUGAUUGGCCGUAUAAGUCGUAUAUUAUAGUCACAGUAGCUCAACACUGUCACCGUGUACUAUUCAUUUAACGUUAGUGACAUUUAAUCUUUUACUUCUGCCAGAUUUUUCGCAUUUUCUCCCGCUUGACUGCAGUUUUUUUAAUGGCGUGUCCUGACAAUCACACAGGAGUGGAGUUGAACCCAGCCCUCCUCCCUCUAGACUGGCUUCUGGGUAGCUGGGAGUCAGAUGAACCUGGAGAGGGAUGUUUUACCUCCAUAAAACCUUUCCGCUACAUAGAGACACUGAACUUCAGCCAUGUGGGACAACCAGUCAUCAACUUCACGUUCAAUGCCUUCCAUGCAGAGACCAAGAAGCCCCUGCACAGGGAGUGUGGCUUCAUUCGAAUGCAGCCAGGGGCCCUCAGAGUAGCGUUCAUCAUCGCACAGAACUCAGGUCUGGUGGAGAUUGAGGAGGGAGAGCUGACAGCGCAGCAGCUGAACCUGCAGAGCCAGGCUCUGGCCAGAGUCUCUUUCGCCAGAGAGCCGCAUGUACAGAAGAUUUCUAGAGUGAUUCAGCUCCGACCAGAUGGGAGGCUGGAGCAGACAGUUUCCAUGGCAACAGACAACCAGCCACUGAUGCAGCAUUUGCACAUCACCUACCAUCGCUCGUCUUGACCCAACAGGCUGUGAGGCUUCUUCUACAUAGAAAUACUUUGGUCAGGAAAGAUAAAUGUUGCUUAACCAAUAAUCAUGGUUUAGUUAGAUAAUCAUAUAAACAGUUUGAGUUAUGGUGUACUAUUUAUACAUUACAUGCAGUAAUAACUAGGCGUUGUUUAUGCACUACAGUGAGACAGAAAUAGAGUUAAUGUUACUGUUAAAU